GAGGGGCGGGGAGGCGCCUCGCCACAGCCUUAUCUAUGAGGGGGACUGGGGGAAUGGAGCGGGUGAUAUGGCUGCAGGAUGCCGGCGCUUCUCUCCAGCAGCUCCCCGGGACUUGUGAGCAGUUUGCGGCGGGAGAAAGUGCCGUAAACGCGCGGUAGCGCUCCGUAAACCGCGCCUGGACCGAGGAACAUCCGGAGCGCCGUCCCAGACCGAGCCAGCAGGAGCAGCAGAGUCCACACACAGCUACCAUGCUCACAGGCACACAGUAUGGACUUUAAGAAGACCAAGUAUGGAAGAUUCAUGAACACCCGUGUCCCGUCCAGCCAAAGGUAUCAGCCAACCGAGUAUGAGCAUGCGGCCAACUGUGCCACUCAUGGACUCUGGAUCAUUCCCAGUAUCCUGGGUGGCUCACUGCUGUACGUCCUGUCCGAUGACCAAUGGGAGAGCAUCACAGCGUGGCUGUACGGCAGCGGACUAUCUGGUUUGUUCAUCAUGUCCACUAUGUUCCACACCGUGAGCUGGAAGAAGAGUCACCUGCAGAGGGUUGAACAGCGUUUCCACAUGUGCGACCGGAUGGUGAUUUAUUUCUUCAUAGCUGCUUCUUACGCCCCCUGGUUGAACCUCAGGGAGCUGGGUCCUUGGGCAGCACACAUGCGCUGGCUGGUGUGGAUCAUGGCCUGUGUGGGAUCUGCUUAUGUCUUCUUCUUCCAUGAAAAGAACAAGAUACUGGACCUGCUUUGCUAUACACUGAUGGGAGCCAUACCUGCACUUGUUCUUCUGUCCAUGCCUAACAGAGAGGGUGUCCUGGAGCUGUCCAUGGGUGGAAUCUUCUACUGUCUUGGAGUGGUCUUCUUCAAGAGUGAUGGACUCAUCCCCUUCGCUCACGCUAUCUGGCACGUCUUUGUGGCUGUAGGGGCUGGAAUACACUACUACGCCAUCUGGAGGUACCUGUACGCAACAGGGAGCGGCUCCAUCAAGACAUCCAGGUAACACACGGGGACUCUGGGGAUGAUCUUCAGCUCGUCCUCACACUGACUGUCAUACAGAGUAUUCAGAACUAGUUGUUAACUUCCAGCCAGUAAUUUCAUGUACAAAAACUGCAUUAUAUCUGAUCACAAGUUGCCUUUAAUCCAAUUCAACGGGAUUAUGUACAACUUUUUAAAACUGCAUUAGUAAAACUCAGGUUUUAUUCAUGUUUUUAGAUUUUUUUUACGUAGAAAUUUUCCAAGAGGUCAGAGUUUACAAUAGUAAAAUGACAGCACUGCCAACUUUUUGUAAAUCUGAUUCCAUUCCUUACUUUAAAGCACUACAUGAACAUAACUGUUCUUAAAUCAGUCAGGUUGUAAUUGUGCUUUACAUUUCUUUAAUUUAUUGAAAUCACAUGAAUAUUUUAUGUGGAAUUUCUUUAUCCUUUUGCACUACUUGUGUCUUAAAAUGAUUUAAAGGUGCCCUACUAUGGAAACUGUAUUUACCUUGAUCUACUUGUAUAUGAGAGUUGACCUCAUGCACUGUUGUAUUCUCCAGUAUAAGCAAAAACUGCUGUAAAACAGGUUAAUUCCCAAACACCAGUCUUGACCAUGAUUUCAUUCCAUUUUGUUCUAUAGAAAUUAAGCCAUAACUGUGCACAAUGAUGUCAAAUUUACAACUAGACCUGGCCUACUCAUUUAGUAACAUGCCCUAUUCUCAAGAGUGUGUCUCAGACUGCCUUCAUUGAGUUUGCAGCAGCUGUAUACCCCACUGUUUACCCAACUUGUCCAGUAAGUGUAAUAUUUUGGCUUCACUACUGGCUAGAUCCGCUGAUGUUGCGUAUUAACAGCUGUUUUGUAAGGGUUGGCAAAGUAGACAGACUAACAUCUCUACCCACAAAGUGUUUUGUGAUUCCUGGUCCAACAGCACCAUUAUGCUGUGCCAGUAGGAGUCAGCAGGGGGGCAGCUGUGGCAUUAAUGUUAAAGAUGUUGAAUGGGACCAAAAGGCUUAGUGUGCCCUUGAGCAAAUGUAGUGUAUUUUAAAUGUAAAAUCAGUGCAGUGUUCAGCUUACUGCAGGCAUUUUUAAAGCUCAUUUAUGCGUAACUUUAAAUAAAUAAAUACAGAUCUGGACAAAGCCUUCUUUCCAUACUUCUUUCUGUGUUUAUACGUCCAUACUUGUGCACAUACUGAAAUCAUGAUGGAUAGGUGAGUACUGCUGGAAAUAAUUGGGCAAUACUAAGAUGCACCAGAAUACCAGAAUUGGCUAGAAAUUAGUGGACAUUCUCAUCUGCAUAGAUUUAAACUCCAUUGAACUGAAUAGGAUGAGUUGAGACAAAUUGGUAAGUGGGUAUGGAGCUUGACAACUGAGAAGUAUUUAAAUUAGCACCUUGUAUAUUGGAAUUUAAUUUAUUUUACUUUUGAUAAAAUAAUUAAUGUAAUACAUAAUCUUUUAAUUUUAACUAUUUUUGCUGUUAAAAAAAUGCAUUGUAAAGUAAAACAUUUUUAGACUAAAGAAUUCAGAUUCAUACAAAUUCAUGAUUUUAGGCCAAAGAUAAACCACAUAAGGUAAAAAGAUCUGAAAUCAUUAAAUCAUAUUCAUAAAUUUGAGAUUUGCAACUUUAACAGCAAGUGCAAAACACAAAACACAUGGUUAAUAUUCAAAUUGAUGUAUUAACCAUUAAAUAUUAAAAGUUUAUCAAAAGUCAAACUGGUUUCAGAUAGACAAAAUGCAGAUUAAAAUACCUAUGUCAGCUUUUAAGCUCCAUAAGAGGAACCAUACAGGUUGAAACGAAUAUUAAUUUUUGUAUGUAAAGGGAGUAUUAAUGAUCAUACUCUGAAUGCCUGUACUCUUAAAAACCUGUAACGAUUGUCACUUUAAAAAAAGACAUUUUUAAAAAAGAGUGUUGACCUUUAUACAGUAUAAAAUGUAAUACAAAAUGUAUGAUUUGUCAUUUUGUAAUUUUUCAAGAUUAUGGUCCUGAAUGUACAAACAGUUCAUUUUGUUCUUUGUAUCCCUACAACAGACAAUAAAUAAAUACAACAAA